AUGGCCACGGUACCGACGAUUUUGCUCCAAAUACUUGCUACAUUUAUUGCUGGAAGCGGGCUGGCCCAAGCUUCAAGUUCCUCGGGUGAAGAAUUCAGUGAGGAGCUUCAAAUCCGCCCACUGCGCGACGGGAGAGUUGCGAGCACCUUCUCGUUCCGAACCUUUCUGCAUGGAGCCACGCCUAGGAGUCCGGAGUCCCUUGGCUCGGAUGAUAAAUCACAGCACUAUCAUGUAUUCCCACUGGCCCUGGGCCAAAUACUACGAGAGUACGCGGUCACGGAACUGCAUCUGUCUAUGAACGCUGGAAAGUGGAAUUACGAUGAAUGGGGUUAUCCUGGAGAACUCGGUGUCGCUACUGGUGCUGAACUAUGGGCGUGGAUGGGGGAAGGAGGGAUUUAUACCGUUGACGAACGAUGGUCAGGCCUGCGCAACGCACUCUCUGGUCUUUUCUGUGCAUCUCUUGCUUCCAUGGACGAACAGCGGACGACAUCUCCCUUGAUGACCUUUGUACCUGAGGGAGAUUUGCCUAACUGGCCUGGGCCGCAUCUACUGCGUCACGCGUCUCUCCCCUCGGAGCACGUUUGUACAGAAAAUCUCACUCCAUUCCUCAAACUCCUGCCUUGUAAAUCCUUUUCGGGGAUUGCCUCGUUGCUCAACCCUCAUCGAUUAUUCGACGCCGAUUGGCAUGGCAUGAGUGCGCAUGUGCUGUGGCAUGCGAGUCAAGGCGUUGAAGUCAGGUUGUCCUUUCAACUAGUCUCAGAUCCGUUACGUCAAUCUUCUUCUAAGCGAAGAGAUUGGUCUUUCCGGAGUCUGUUCGAUCGCUCCAUCGACAAUCGAUGUCCCGUGGCUAGUUCAAGCACGAUCGAUGUAAAAUUACCAGCCGAGGAAGCGUACAGUUUAGAGCCGUCGCCUUCCUCGAGUGAUGGCGGCAUCGGACGAUAUAAUCUGAAUGUAGAUGGACAUCUUCCGUCUGACAUCGCCAUGCGUUGGCCCUCGGAGUUCCAAUACCCGCUGGGAUCAGCAAGCGUGCCACUGGUUCCUCUGGCCCUGCAACGUACAUUAACGGGAGCUAGUCAAGCAAACGGACAUCUGGCCGUACGGGUACAAAAUCGACUGAACGAAGAGCUCCGAGUUGUGUACCUGGAAACCAUGCCAUGGCUUGUCCAGUUUUACGCACACACGCUGAGCGCAACUGUAGAUGGUCGCAAACAUGCCGGCUUAAUCUCUAAUGUUUCAUAUUUCCCCCCACUCCACCAUUCCCGGCCGACGACAUUCCAAGCUAUCUUGACCUUGCCUCCGAAAUCUACGGUGGCGCUAUCUAUGGAUGUUUCAAAAGCGUUCUUACGAUAUACUGAUCACCAGCCAGACGCUCAACGCGGCUGGGACCUUCCACCCGCCAUAUUUGUGCCACUUCGCAACGGCAGCGACCGAAUUGAUGGCCAUUCCUUGGGCCAACGGAUCUAUACCCCCACCCUGCUGGUUGACCUCGCUACUCCUGAUUUCAGCAUGCCAUACAACGUCAUCAUCUUCACUUGCACCGUCAUGGCAUUCAUUUUCGGUUCUGUCUUCAAUUUGUUGACCCGGAAGUUUGUUGUAGUUCAUCUGGACGAUCAACAUAAGGAGUAG